GGACACCUUGGGAGAGGGAGAAAGAGAGAGGUGUGGAGGGCAUCAUCAUCUACUGGCAGACUGAAGUUUCUAGACUUAGGAAGUCAUGGCACAAAAUCUUACUGAGUGGUGCUAAAGAUGUUUAAAUUGGGUUUGGGUCUUUUAGAUUUUGUAAGCCAGUGAUAAUACAGUGUUAAUGUAUUGGUCUGGCUCUUGGAGGUAAAUCUUCUAUUUGUUAUUUAAUUGAAUUGAAUGUAACUUAAUUUGUUAUCUUAUUAAUUUUCGGGUGUUGUUAUGUCUGUAGAGGGUUUUAGGAGAGGUAGUAAUGUAUUUCAAGGUUUCAAAUGUAAUCAUUAUUCAAAAGAGGUGAAUUAUAUAGUCAUGUAGGCCUUAUAUAGAGUUCAGUAUGUAGGGGUGAAAAAGAAGGUACAACUCAAAACGUUUUAUUUAUUUUAUUUUUUUAAUGAAAAAGGGGGUGGGACUUCAUCAGAGAACUUCAGUACCACCAUUCACUUUUGGCUGAACAACAAAUUAAUUAGGUUUGGUUUUGGGGGCUAUCACUUGAAGUGUCCCUACUUUAUAAAGAAGUCAGGAAAUGCAGGAUAUCACGUUUGGCAGGAGUAUCCCAUGGGGGAAAGUGCACUGAGAGGAAAGAGAGACACUACUAAAUGAAACUUCUGAUGGUGACUGAAAGUCUGAGACGCUGGGAAAACUAUGACAUCCAAUACAGAUGGAGAUGCAAAAUUGAAAGAUAUUGCCCGAGAGAAGAUUGAAGGAAAGGAGUUGACGAAAGAAGAAAAACAACGUCUACGGAAAGAGAAAAAACACAAAAAGGGCAAGAAAGAGGACAAGGGUCCAACAGAAAAAGGGACGGACAAGGAGAAGAAAGCAGUCUCUUCAUCAGCUUUGCAACAAAGUCCAGCACAGAAAGCCCUAUCAACAGUUCCUGUGCCUGUCGGUGCACCCGUGGCCUCUGUACCCGAGUCCUCAACUGUGGACAAGCCAUCUAAGAGCAAAGCAGAGCUCAAGGCAGAACGAAGAGCACGCCAAGACGCGGAGCGUGCAUCAAAGCAGGGCAAGAAGGAGCCGGGCUCACAGGCCUCCUCCAGCAAGUCCAAAGCUCCAGCGAGUGAGCUGCAGCCAGUGGUAAAGCGAUUACCAGAACAUAUCCAAGUUGAUGAUCCUGCCAUGGUUAAAAAGCUUGCUAAGAAGCUGGAGAGACAGCAGAUCCCUCUGAGGUCAGACUAUGGUUUCAAAGUCAGCCUGUUCUCCCACCUACAUCAGUACAGCCGCAAAGCCCCCCUAACCCAGCAAAUUAGCAUUCCUGCCACAGUGAUCCACCCCUCCAUAGUGCGCUUGGGACUGCAGUACUCGCAAGGCAUUGUAGCUGGCUCCAAUGCUCGCUCUGUGGCCCUGUUACAUGCCUUCAAGCAGGUGAUUCAAGAUUACAGCACUCCUCCAAAUGAGGAGUUGUCCAGGGACCUAGUGAACAAACUGAAGCCAUACAUCAGUUUUCUCAAUCAAUGUCGCCCCCUCUCAGCAAGCAUGGGUAAUGCAAUCAAGUACAUCAAGAAAGAGAUCUCUAAUAUUCCCAGCCAGUGCAAAGAAGAGGAGGCUAAGAAGAAAUUACUGUCAUGUAUUGAUAACUACGUGAAUGAGAAGAUCACUCUGGCUGCCAAAGCCAUCUCUGAAUGUGCAAUUAAGAAGAUUUGUGAUGGUGAUGUCAUUCUAGUGUAUGGAUGCUCUUCACUUGUCAAUCACAUCCUAUGUGAUGCCUUCGAGAAGCAGAGGAAGUUCAGAGUUAUUGUCGUGGAUAGUCGGCCCAGGCUCGAGGGCAGGGAGGCACUGAGGCGUUUGGUGAAGAGAGGAAUUCGUUGUACUUAUGUGCUCAUUUCUGCCUUGUCAUACAUUCUGCCUGAGGUAUCCAAGGUGUUUCUUGGUGCACAUGCACUUCUGGCCAAUGGAUAUGUGAUGUCACGAGUGGGAACAUCCCAGAUUGCCCUGGUGGCCAAAGCCUAUAAUGUGCCUGUGUUGGUCUGCUGUGAGACCUACAAAUUCUGCGAACGAGUACAGACCGAUUCCUUCGUAUCUAAUGAACUUGACGAUCCUGAUGACCUGAUAGUGACCCGGAGGGGAAAGACCCAGCUGGAGGCCUGGCUGAGUAUUCAGUCCCUGCGACUCCUCAACUUGGUGUAUGACGUAACUCCUCCAGACUUUGUUGACCUUGUCAUCACAGAAUUAGGCAUGAUCCCCUGUACCUCUGUGCCUGUAGUGCUUCGAGUUAAGAGUGUAGAUCAGUGAAAAGCAGGGGUCUCUCCUGCAUGUGUGUAUACACAGACCUUCACACUCUAGCCAUUGAAAGAAAGUAAAACUAAAAUGGCACAUAUUUUGAAUAAAGAUUUUCUCCAUCUGUCGUCUUCUUCCUCUCAUUAAAAUGGCACCACUUGAACCACUUAUAUUUAUUCUGCUUUGAUGAAAUGGUAUGGUGUGAGGUUUAAAUUAAAAUUAAUUCAAAAUCUUA